AUGUUAUUAGCCGAUAUUGAAUCGUGUCAAUUACAAGAAGAAGCUCGUAGACGUAAAGAACGUUUAGAACAAUGGAAGAAGAAAAAAAUAUUAAAACGAAUUGAUGAACAUAUUAAUUUAGGCUCAGGAGAGAGUGAUGUUCCACCACCUAUUGAUGAUGUUGAUUUGACAACAUUAGCUCCGCGUAAACCUGAUUGGGAUUUAAAACGUGAUGUUGAAAAAAAACUGAAACGUUUAGAAAAACGAACGACACGAGCAACAGCUGAAUUAACUCGAGAGAGAUUAUUAACCGAACAAAAAGGAUUAAAUGCAACAGUGAACUUUGCUGAAAUUGUAUCAACGAUAUCAAGAUUUAAUCAACACCAAGAAGACGAUGAAGAUUAA